AGUGACGUUAGAAGGAUGAAUUCCACUUCGGACUCUGACUGUCCGAUAUUUCCAGACCAACCUGGACAUUGUGAUGUCUUGAUUGCAAUACGACGGACAACAGGUGCUUUAUCUUUGGUGGGUUGUAUCUUCAUGAUAUCUGUUAUUUGGCUCUUUAAAAAAUAUGCAGCGUUUUCUCAGCGACUGAUCAUGUACCUGAGCAUUGGUGCCCUGUUGAAUUCUAUAUCCUAUCUAAUGGGAGGGUUGAGACCAGAUGGACCUUUGUGUGACUUUCAGGCUUGGUGGAUGACCUUUUUUGAUUGGACAGUUCUGUUGUGGGUGUGCUGUAUAACCUUUAACCUCUACCUAAAUGUUAUCAAAAUGAUCACAAAGGAGUCACUGGAAUGGGUUUACCAUGUGCUGUGUUGGGGCCUUCCCUUAGUCUUAUCAUGUCUACCCUUCAUAGGAAAUCACUAUGGCCCCGCAGGAGCUUGGUGCUGGAUAGAAGACAAUUGGCAUUGGAGGGUAGGAAUAUGGUAUGGACCACUUUUCCUGACAAUAUUCUGCCUGUUUGUAGUGUACAUCUACAUUACCUACAUACUGACAAGAAAGGCAUCAUCAUGGCAAGGGACUUAUGAUCCUGACACCGAACAUCACAAAGAACUAAUGAAAGAGGACAUCAAACCGCUGCGUGCCUACCCUUGUAUAUACCUGGCUGUGUCUAUAUUUCCUCUAAUUAACAGAAUACAGAAUGCCAUAUCACCUGAAUACCCAGUCUUUCCACUCAUGGUGCUCUCAGCUCUUUCCUCUCCUAUACAAGGUGCUGUCAAUGCGAUAGUAUUCGGACUUGACAGAGAAACUUUCAGUCGCUUGACUCCAUCACAAAUGAAAAUGGCCUUUCUAAGCCACAACCAGGCCCCUCGGGUGGCUUUCUUGAAGAGGAUCAGACGGGGCCCAGGUAUCCAGGAAUACCAUCAUCAGGACGUUGGGGAAGAUGGAACGCCAUAUUGAGCAGAAAUGAAUCAUGUUGUCACUUUGAAACAGACCUUAAGGACUGGAUGAGAACAUGUGAGCGAUAACUACCGAUACAUAUUCUGUGGUGCUGAGGCAAACAUGCUUGAGACAGGAUGGGCGAUUACAAUAGUAGAAGUUUUGUAGCAUCAAGUCAGCUGUCAUUAGGUCUAUAAUUGUUAGGAUUAGAUCCUAGCAUAGUUCAUAUACAAUUCUAUAUAAAUUUGACUGGUUAAUAAAUAAUGUACAGGUCCCACAUCUGAUUCAUAUGCGUCUUAUAUGUAUCAUUGUUACAGAUGAAAUUGUUUAUGAAAGAUCAUAUCACAAAAAUCUUUGGACUCUGUAGGGUUUAAAUCAUGGUUUUAUUCAUAUAUAUAUUUUUUCAAUAUGACGAUGUGGUUGUUUGUUUGUUAUUUUUUUCUAUCAUUCUUUGACUGACGGCACCAAACAUAUAUUUAAAUCAGUUGCAAAUUGGUUUUGAAAUAUUGGUAACUGACUUAGUUCUAUAUUCCGUAGUGAACCGAGAAAGGAAAAUAAUUAUAACAUUCAAGGAAGUUAAUGUUCUCUGUUGUUUUGUCAUAUAUAUCAGACAUGGAUUUGACAAGUGCUUCCUGGUUCUUACAACACAAUAUUAAGAUAUUAAAUUUGCGAUAAGAUCGUUCUGAUACGAAAACUAAAUUAUGCAGCACAAGAAACAUUCCAAAUGAAUAUAAAUCAAUUUUGGAUUAAUUUUCUCAUUUUUUGGACGAUAAAAAUUGUGUAUUACUCAUAGGUAUAAAAACCCAUGCAUUAUAAUCCACGGUAA